CCCCGGGCCGGUGCUGGUGGCGGUGCACCCGCUGGGUCGCACUGGCACCCGCCUCUAAAACACCAAAACCGGACAUACAUCUACGGGGUAAAAGUAGCCUGGUACCCACCCCAUGUUUACCCCCCAUGACGCGUUUUGGGCGCAGAGGUCUAAAUUCGUCGUGUAUGCGAUGGCGCAGGCGCGCACAGAUGCGCAGCCAUCGCGCGCUGGGCGAGGACUGAUGGUACUCGGCAAUGAUUGCGUACACAAAGUGAUGACCUUCCUGGCUGUGGCUGACGCCCGGCGCGGCGUGGGUGCCACCGCAAAAGCCUUUCGUACAACUGCGAUGUCGAUGACGCUCGCGCGAACACGUUCCUCGGAGCCCUACACUCUCCGAUCUCAAUUCGAUACGGGCCGUGGCGAUAGGCACGGCGUCGUCCACGCCAUGGCGACGGCGAUGGGGACGCGGCGGUGGCCUACAAGGGCAGUCCGUAUCAAUAAUGAUGGGGACGAGUGGAAUGGAGCAGUGGCUGCUGCAGCGGUGCCGCCCGCGAGGCUUGGAAUCACGUUUCAUCGGGGUCGUACGCACUGGGGUGGCAAUUGGAGUCCAGACGGGGAGCCCUACGCAUCUUAUGCAGCGUCGGCCAUCGUCGAUCAAGUUAUGGCCAGGGAUAUUUGCGGUGGUGGAGAGUGUACCGUUAGAACGGGCUCUUUUGUUCAGUACGAUCUCCCCUUCCAAUUGAAAAUUAGAGCUUUCCAGUUCGGGAUUUCCGCCUGUCGUUCAGAGCGCUUUAGAGAUUGGACGUUCGAAGCUUUCGACGGUGAGAACUGGCGCCAGCUCUGGAACUUCACGGGUACGAUGUCGGCUGAGCGCCACACUUUUUGGCGGGUGGGCGCCGCCAAACGAGUCGCCUCGAACCGCUUCCGGAUCCGGCUGGCGGAAAGCGGGGAGCCUUAUAGAUGCAUGCACAUCCGCGGCCUCGAGCUCUUCGGCACGAUCCUUCCGCCCUGGCGCAUCGACUAAGAAAUAGUACACGUC